UAAAGGAACCGUGUUUCUCCUGUCACAACGUUGAGGGGCAAGUCGACUGCCGUGUGGCUCUACAGACAAGGUGUUGGGGCAGAGCAGAGCUGCAGAGGGAGAAUGGUGAUUGCUGUGGAAAUCGGGUGCUUCAGUCCCUGGUAGAGAGGACCAGGAGAAGGCACCGCGUAAGGUAUUUCCCGCUAGUGAUGCUGGAAGACGAGGCCAAGAGAAGAAGACUGAGCUUGAAUUCCAAAGGGAUGUCAGAUGAGUACCAUCUCAGAGAGCGACCGAGAGAGGAGGAGGCAAAGAUGAAGAACAAAGUUACCAGCUCGCAAGGAGCAGCAAGCACUAAGAAGAAGCAGUGGUCCUGGGAUCAGUACCUGGAUGAAGAGAAGGCUGUAGCUGCCCCUGUGAGAGUCUUCACAGAGCUCCAGUCUUUCCCCCAGGGCAGGAACAGCUUCAAGGCAGGGAUGCUGCUGGAGGGAGUUGACCCCCUCCACCCCUCCAAGUUCUGCGUGCUGUCCGUGGCAGAGGUGAUUGGCUACCGGUUACGGCUCCACUUUGACGGGUACCCAGAGUGCUAUGACUUCUGGGUAAAUGCCAAUUCUCCAGACAUUCGGCCUGCGGGUUGGUGUGAAUUGACAGGACGCAAACUCCUGCCACCGAAAGGGUAUAAAGAAAAUGAGUUUAACUGGGAGAAAUACCAAGAGGCCUGUGGAGCCCAAACCGCACCUACUGAUCUGUUUAAAAACCAAAGCACGGUGAGGAACAGCUCCCUUUUCCGAGUGGGCAUGAAGCUGGAAGCGGUGGACAGGAAGAACCCCUGCCUGGUGUGCGUGGCGUCCGUCGCCGACGUCGUGGAUGACCGCUUCCUGGUUCACUUCGACAACUGGGACGAUACGUACGACUACUGGUGUGAUGCCAGCAGUCCACACAUUCACCCAGUGGGGUGGUGUCAGGAAAACGGACGGCCACUCACUGCGCCUCAGGGACACCCCAAUCCAGACCAUUUCUCGUGGGGGGACUAUUUAGAAGACACGGGAUCUGAGGCUGUUCCCAGCGAAGCGUUCUGCAUGAGGUCACCGCAUGUCUUCCAGUUGAAUGUGAAGCUGGAGGCUGUGGACAGAAGGAAUCCUAUGCUGGUGCGGGUGGCUACCAUUGUAGACACUGAAGACUACAGGGUGAAGGUCCACUUCGAUGGCUGGCAUCACAAGUUCGAUUUCUGGGUGGACUCGGACCAUCCAGAUCUGCACCCCGCCGGGUGGUGCGCCCGGACAUGCCACCCCCUGGAGAUGCCCUUACGACCUUCGGAACUCAAGCCUGCAGCCAAUCAGGGAGUGUGCCCGACCCUGGGGUGUAGGGGUGUGGGUCACAUCAGAGGUCCCCGAUACACCGGACACCACAGUGCCUUCGGCUGUCCAUACUCGGAGAUGAAUAUGAAGAAGGAGGUGGCGCUCCCAGACCGUCUGGUGGGAGAGCGGCAGCUUGGAGACAGGACGCCGGGGGACUGCCGCAUGGAGACCAGGGCUUUGAUGACGGGGCAUGAGGGAGCAGGCCGCCUCAGGGGGAGAUAUGCUUCGAACCCACGACCUGCCGGACAGGGGCCUACGAAGAGAGGGCAUGGGGAUGAACCCAUCACUCAGGGACAGAGAUCACUCUCACCGGCCAGGAAGAAUGCUAAGCCACAAAAUAGGCACGCUCAGUCAGCCAAAUGUCUGGAAAUCAAAGAGGAGGAGGAGGACAUUGACUUGCAGAGUUUGUUCAGAGAGGGCAGUGUGGAGAGCUUGGAGCGGGCCCUGCACCAGUCGGUGUUCCUGUCGGCGGUGCCCGCCCAGCCGGGCUGCGACCUGCCUCUGUGCUGGGAACAGCACUGCAAGCUCCUGCCGGGUGUGGCUGGGGUGCAGGCCAGUCGCGUAGCGCACUGGACCGUCGAGGAGGUGGCCAGCUUCAUCGAGUCCCUCCCAGGCUGUGAGGAUCCGGCCGAGCGCUUCAGAGAUGAGCAGAUCGACGGGAAGUCCUUCCUGCUGCUGACGCAGAGUGACAUUGUGAAGAUCAUGAGCGUGAAGCUGGGCCCAGCGCUCAAGAUCUACAACUCCAUCCUGAUGUUCAAAAACGCCGAGAAAGACCGGUCGCAAAGCAGCGAGCCCAGCGCAUGAGGUCAAAGCCGCUCCCAGCCGCCAUGACGCGAGCCGCGCAGCGCGCCUCAUCUUUUCAGCGAGACAGCCGCGGGCCGGAGUUCGCACUCACUGCACUGAGGCUUUUCCCUAAUCAAGCAAAUGUUACCUUCCUUACCGUUACUUAUGAAUAGAAGAUGAUGUGUUUGGCCAUUACUGAAAUUAACUUUAAAAAUACUGUGUACUGUAACAAAAAAGUAAAUCUUUUAUGAAUCUGAUAGUGAAAGGCCAUGGAGCAACCUCAGUGCUGUUAGACUGAACUCCCUCAUGGUGAUGGUUGCAGUGACUGAAACCUCUUACCAAGGUUUGCCUUUUUAAGCCAUACAGGUGCAAUGGUAUAUUCUGUGACUUGGAGGAACCCUUUCACAGUCUUUAUAGCUAGAGACCCUGCUCGAAUGAUCUUCUUAUAACGACGAAGACAGCAGACAACAGAAUUGGCAAUCAUCAAUCACAAGGCAUUGUGCUGUGGUUCUGCCAUCAGCUCUGAACUCAAGGUGCUCUCUGUCCAAAGCACAACACGUGAAAUACAAACAGAUGUUAACUUCUGAAGAAAUG